GCGGCCGACGAGCCGGCGCUCUGCCUGCAGUGCGAUAUGAACGACUGCUACAGCCGCUUGCGGAGGCUGGUGCCCACCAUCCCGCCCAACAAGAAAGUCAGCAAAGUGGAAAUCCUGCAGCACGUUAUCGACUACAUCUUAGACCUGCAGCUGGCUCUGGAGACGCACCCGGCUCUGCUAAGGCAGCCGCCGCCACCCGCGCCACCGCAUCACCCGGCUGGGACCUGUCCGGCCGCACCGCCGAGGACUCCGCUCACCGCACUCAACACGGACCCGGCCGGCGCGGUGAACAAGCAGGGCGACAGCAUUCUGUGCCGCUGAGCCGCGCUGUCCAGGUGUGCGGCCGCCUGAGCCUGAGCCAGGAGCUCUAGAGAGGGAGGGGGAAGAGCAGAAGUUAGAGAAAAAGCCACCGGAGGAAAAGAAAAAACAUCAGCAAACCCUAGAAACGUUUUCAUUCAUCAUUCCAAGAGGGAGAGAGAGGAAAGAAAAACAAAACCUUCACCCUUUUUUGCACGUUCAUAAACACUCUACAUACAUAUUCUGUUUUCGUCUCUUCAUUUAUAGCCGCUGUGAAUUGUACAUUCCUGUGUUUUUUGGAGAUGCAGUUAAACUUUUUAAGCGUGUGACAGGACUGAUGAAUAGAAGAUAAAGAGCAAAUCCGACUUUAGAAGCCUACUUUGUGACCAAGGAGCUCAGUUUUUGUUUUGAAGCUUUACUAAUAUACCAGAGCAUUGUAGAUAUUCUUUUUUGACAUCUAUUGUUUAAAAUAGAUGAUUAUAAUGGGGCCGGGAACUUUCUUUUCCCAGCAAGAAUGUUACAUAUUGUAUAGAUAACUGAGUGACAUUUCAUACCGUGUAUAUAUAGAGAUGUUCUAUAAGUGUGAGAAAAGUAUAUGCUUUAAUAGACUACUGUAAUUAUAAAAUAUUUUUAAUUAAAUAUUUUUUGUAAAUAUGUUUUUUUUUUAAUCUAUGGGAAUAUUUCUUUUGGAAAAUUAUUUUUCAGCUCGGUUGCAGAGCUCUUGAUAUCUUGAAUGUCUUUUCAGUUUGGCCUGGUUUCUAAUUUGUUUUUGUUUUGCCCAGUGUUGUAAAAUUGGAAGUAACAGCUAUAGCUAGUGGUCCUGCAUGACUGUAUGAGAUGUUUAAUCACAAAAUAAACUUGUUCUGAGUCCAUUCAAAUGUGUUUUCUUUAACCUAGAUCGAAAGCUUUGUAUUUAAAGCAUACAUGUUGAAAAUACACUUUAUCAAUUUUUAAGUACAGGGUUUUAUAGUGUAAUAUUAUAAAGAGUAAGUGUUUGUUUUUUAACUGAGGUCAAAAUGGAUUCUGAAUGAUUCUGCAUAUGGGAUUGGGAAAUGUUUGGAUCCUUAGGGAUUUUAUGAAAUCUGUUUUAACAGUGAUUUUUUUUUUUCCUUAUCUUCAUUUGACAUUAAAGCUUAAUGUCACUAAGUUUCAUGUCUGUACAGAUUAUUUAAAUCAUAGAAAUGAAAAAUGUUCUCUGCUUGCAACCAAAGGACAAACUCUUGAAAAUGAACACUUACUGCUUUCCUUCCUCCAAAGAAAAUAUUAAUAGGCAACAGUGGGAGAAAACAAAAAUUAAAAGGCAUAGUGGCAAAUUCUUCAAGCAGGGAUAAAAGUCGAUCUUCAAACAUUAAGUAGACCAAAAAUUCUGAUGACCGCAUCUAGAUUAUUUUUUUAUAAAAAUGAUUUUCACUAUAGCUAUGUUAGUUACCGCUAAGCUACUGUUGAAUCUCUUGUGAUGUGUAACUUUUACAUGUGAAUAUUAAAGUAGAUUUAUGUGUCUUGUA